CGGCGGGAUUAGGGGCGCGGCUUCGACACCCGACCAAUGCGAGGCGGCGAGGGGCCGGCGUGUGGCACCGCCCCUUUUCCAGCUGUGGCCCAGCUGUGCCACCCAAACGCUAGGGAAGAGGGCAGGGCCGGCUGCGCGCGGGCCGCCCUGCUACACUGCGCCUGCGCGAGCCACGCGCAUCCGUCCCUGAGACUCACGCCCAAGAAAAGUUGCUGUAAACUUUCUAGCCCGUUUCCCCCGCCCCUUCUCCCCGCUAGACCCGCCCCCCUGGGGAGCCGGGAAUUCCGAGGGGCGGAGCGCGGUCGAGAUGGGGAGUGGGGGGGGCCCUCCCGAGGGCGCUGGAAACGGAGGCGUGCAGAAGCUCAGUCUCGGGGCGGAGGUGGCUUCGCGCCCUUAGACCUCCCGGACGGCCCGUUACCCUCUCCGUUGUCCCGAAGGGGAAACUGAGGCCCUGGGCCAGAGAGGCACACGCUGGGGGAGGCAAAAAGCGCGGCCCGAGGCGGAGGGAAAACAAAGGGAGAAUCACUAACAGACGGGGAGGAGGACGGGCACACACAGACACUGGGGCAGAGACCCUGGUGGAGAGCUGGGCCUGGCAUUGGCGGGGAGACGCGGGGUCGGCUGGGGGAGAAGAUCGGGAAGCGAAGGGGGGGCGGGAAGGGGGAACGGGCGGGGGAGGGGGCUGGGGAAAGCCCGAGGGAGGAGGAGAAGGAGGGAGGAACUUCCCAAAGUUGCAAAAACAUGGCUACCUUGCCUGCGGAGCCGAGCGCGGGUCCGGCGGCUGGGGGGGAGGCGGUGGCCGCGGCGGCGACCGAAGAGGAGGAGGAGGAAGCGCGCCAGCUCCUGCAAACUCUGCAGGCGGCCGAGGGUGAGGCGGCGGCGGCCGGGGCCGGGGCGGGCGACGCGGCGGAGGGCCCGGGGUCCCCGGGCGCUCCGGGGUCGCCCCCCGAGGCCGCUGCUGAGCCGCCCACGGGCCUCCGCUUCUCGCCGGAGCAGGUGGCUUGCGUCUGCGAGGCGCUGCUCCAGGCGGGCCACGCCGGCCGCUUGAGCCGCUUCCUGGGCGCGCUGCCCCCGGCCGAGCGCCUACGUGGCAGCGAUCCGGUGCUGCGCGCUCGGGCCCUGGUGGCCUUCCAGCGGGGCGAGUACGCCGAGCUCUACCGGCUGCUCGAGAGCCGCCCGUUCCCCGCCGCCCACCACGCCUUCCUGCAGGACCUCUACCUGCGCGCGCGCUACCACGAGGCCGAGCGGGCCCGCGGCCGCGCGCUGGGCGCAGUGGACAAGUACCGCCUGCGCAAGAAGUUCCCCCUGCCCAAGACCAUCUGGGACGGCGAGGAGACCGUCUACUGCUUCAAGGAGCGCUCGCGCGCCGCGCUCAAGGCCUGCUACCGCGGCAACCGCUACCCCACGCCCGACGAGAAGCGCCGCCUGGCCACGCUCACCGGCCUCUCGCUCACGCAGGUCAGCAACUGGUUCAAGAACCGGCGACAGCGCGACCGGACCGGGGGCGGCGGCGCGCCCUGCAAGAGCGAAUCUGACGGAAACCCCACUACUGAGGACGAGUCCAGCCGCAGCCCUGAGGACCUGGAGAGGGGCGUGGCGCCAGUGGGCUCCGAGGCGCCGGCCCAGGGCUCCAUAUUCUUGGCGGGGGCCGCCCCUCCUGCCCCGUGCCCGGCCUCCUCCUCCAUCCUGGUGAACGGGAGCUUCCUGGCUGCCAGCAACUCCUCCGCCGUGCUCCUCAACGGGAGCCCCGUCAUCAUCAACAGCCUGGCCCUGAGCGAGGCCUCCAGCCUGGGCCCCCUGCUGCUCACGGGGGGCGGGGGCGCCCCUCCACCACAGCCCAGUCCCCAGGGCGCCAGUGAGGGAAAGGCCUCCCUGGUCCUGGACCCUCAGACUGGGGAGGUUCGGCUAGAGGAGGCUCAGCCUGAGACCCCAGAAGCCAAGGGGGCCCAGGUGGCUGCCUCAGGGCCAGCUGGGGAGGAGGUGCCUGGGCCCCUGCCCCAGGUGGUGCCCGGCCCCCCUGCGGCCGCCACCUUCCCGCUGCCGCCAGGACCCAUGCCAUCUGUGGCUGCUUCGCAGGUGGUGCCCCUUUCCCCACCCCCUGGGUACCCUGCCAGCCUGGGCCCCACUUCCCCGCUGUUGAACCUGCCCCAGGUGGUGCCCACCUCCCAGGUGGUGACCCUGCCCCAGGCUGUGGGUCCCCUUCAGCUAUUGGCAGCUGGGCCUGGCAGCCCUGUGAAGGUGGCAGCCGCCGCGGGUCCUGCCAACGUGCAUCUGAUAAACUCCGGGGUGGGCAUGACUGCCCUGCAGCUGCCUUCGGCCACUGCCCCAGGGAACUUCCUCCUGGCCAACCCUGUGUCGGGCAGCCCCAUCGUGACUGGUGUGGCCGUGCAGCAGGGCAAGAUCAUCCUCACUGCCACCUUCCCCACCAGCAUGCUGGUCUCCCAGGUCCUGCCCCCCACCCCCGGCCUGGCACUGCCUCUGAAGCCAGAGACCGCCAUCUCCGUGCCCGAAGGAGCCCUCCCGGUGGCCCCCAGCCCUGCGCUCCCCGAGGCCCACGCCCUGGGCCCCCUCUCCGCGCCGUCUCCACCGCAGCCGCCGCCCGCCCCCGCGGCCACGGCCCCCGCCAGCCUGCCCUUCUCCCCGGACUCCUCUGGCCUCCUGCCCGCCUUCCCGGCGCCCACGGCCGAGGGGCUCAUGCUGUCCCCUGCGGCCGUGCCCAUCUGGCCGGCCGGGCUGGAACUGAGCGCAGGCACAGAGGGGCUGCUGGAAGCAGAGAAGGGGCUGGGGACACAGGCCCCCCACACCGUGCUGAGGCUGCCUGACCCCGACCCCGAGGGGCUCCUCCUGGGCGCCACGGCUGGGGGCGAGGUGGACGAGGGGCUGGAAGCCGAGACCAAGGUCCUGACCCAGCUACAGUCUGUGCCGGUGGAAGAGCCCUUGGAACUGUGACCCCGGGCCUCAGCCCCUCUCCUGACAAUGGUGCUGGUGGCCAGGUGGGGCGGCGGGCCUCGGGGGACGGGACACUGCCGCGGAGGCUGCGCCGGGGGUGCCCACCUCUCUGUGCCAGAGGUGCUGGGGCACCACCCCUCUGCCCAGAGGCCCCUGUUACAGCCCUCUCCUCUCUCUGCACCCCACACAGUUGGGAGAGCAGAUGGGGCCUCGCCCGGGGCCUCUGCCCCCCUUACAUCUGGUACUAGCUGUGGUUAGAACCCUGCCAGCCUGGCUGAACCUCCAGCCCCCUUGAGCCCCUCCUUCUCCCGCCCCAAAACACUAUUAAUAGCUCUCACCUCAGUGUUCUCAGAAGUGCCUGGAAUCCAGGCUGGGGGGCGGUCUGUCCUCCCCUAGGACACCUCCCAGCCGGGCCCUUCCUGCUGAAAGGGGUGCAGUGAGGGGGCCUGGGCAGAGUGCCCUUAGCUCCCCCUGGACUGAAGCCCUCCUGACUAUGUCUGGCCCCAGACCAAAGAUCCCUCACCCCUGGGGCGGCCCUGGCCCACAUCUAGUUUGUACCCGAAAUCUUUAUUUUUCUAGGACGUGUUAUGUCUCCAUUUCAAUUAAAAUAAAGUUAACAGAUAACUAGCA